AUGACUCUGACCAAUUUGAACGACCACGCGCCAUACAAGGUGCUGGAGCAACCUCUUGGCACAACUCAUCACGUUCGAGUUAUCACUAUUGGUGCUGGUGCAAGUGGCCUGAACAUGAUUCGGACUCUGCGGAAGAAUAUCCCCGACUCGGAAAAUGUGGUCUACGAGAAGAACCCCGACAUCGGGGGGACAUGGUUCGAGAAUAGGUAUCCCGGUUGCAAAUGCGACAUCCCUUUACACAACUACCAAUUCUCUUGGGCUCCAAACCCUCACUGGAGCAGCUUCUAUUCCGGUUCAUCAGAGAUUCACCAAUAUUUCAAGGGUCUAGUAGCCCGUGAGCAUCUGCAAGACUCAAUUAAGUUGCAACAUCAGGUCGAGAGCGCUGAGUGGAAUGAGGAUGAAGGCCAAUGGCAUGUGGUUGUGAGAGACCUCGCAACUGAUACUAUCAUAAAUGAUGUGGCUCAUUUCUUGCUUGAUGGCUCAGGUAUUCUCAAUCACUGGAAAUGGCCAGAGAUCCCUGGUCUCCAUUCUUUCAAGGGCGAUCUGGUCCACAGUGCGAAUUGGCCAGCGGGCUGGGAUUACAAGGGCAAAAGAGUAGCAGUAAUCGGGAACGGAUCAUCUGGUGUACAAAUCGUUCCUGCUAUGCAGCCAGAUGUUUCAACCCUCGUCCAUGUAUUCAGAUCGCCGAUCUGGGUAGCACCCCCAGGCUUGGAAGGAAUGUCUGCGAGUACCGCCGGUGAAGAGAUUGCGAACUUGGAACUUGACGGCGAUCGCUUCACACCGGCUCAAAUUUCUCGAUUUGAGGAAGACAAGGAACUUUACAAACGCUUCAUCAAGGCAACGGAGGAAGUCGUGAACAACAAAUUCAGCUAUGUGAGUUCCCUUUGUGACUUCUCUCAUCUUGUUCGCAUUUUUGACGUAUUCGGACAGCUUGUUACCUCCACGCCUUUGCAAGGAAUAGUCAAGGAAAAAAUGAGAGAUUAUAUGAGCAAAAAGCUGAGAGGAGAUACAAAGCUCAUGGACAAGUUGAUACCUGACUUCCCAUUUGGAUGCAGGCGAAUCACACCUAGUGUUGCCUAUCUCGACUCGUUGCAUGAGAGUAACAUGCACCUCGUGACUGACGGCAUUGCAAAUGUCUUUGAGAGUGGAUUCACAACAGAAUCCGGCGAGACAAUUUUUGUUGAUGCCAUCGUUUGUGCUACAGGCUUCGACUUGUCAUUUCGUCCUCGCUUCCCAGUUAUUGGAAGAACUGGGAACUUGCAAAAUAUUUGGACCUCACAGAUUCCCUCAUCAUACAUGUCAUGUGCUAUCCCCGGGAUGCCUAAUUACUUCACAUUCCUCGGCCCCAAUGCCCCAAUCGGACACGGCAGCGUAUUGACCAUUACUGAACAUGUUGCCAAAUACAUAGUCCGGCUCAUUCGCAAGUGCCAAGAAGAGGGGAUCAAGUCAAUUUGCCCAAAACAAGAUGCAGUCGAUGAUUUGAAUGAACAUAUUGCCGUUUUCAUGCCUCGAACAGCAUGGGCGGGGAGCUGCCGUUCCUGGUUCAAGAAUGGUGAAACAAAUGGUCCAGUUACGGCACUUCAUCCUGGAAGUCGAAUCCACUGGUUUCAUAUGCUACAAAACUUCCGCGGUGAAGAUUACGAAUAUACACGUUGGACUGCAAACCGUUUUGAAUAUCUGGGAAAUGGGACCUCUACGCUCGAAGGUCCAGGUAUGAACUCAACUUGGUAUUUAGACGAACCAGAUAGUUUGUUUUAG